CCGGUGGAAGACUGACUCCGGUUUGAACAGUGCAGCUCCGCGUUGACUUCACACCGCACAGGAGAUCAAAGGAACAUGGUGCAGCUGCACGUGAAGCGAGGAGACGAGAGUCAGUUCCUCUUCAGCACCACAGUGGACGUGCUGCUGGACACAGCCAUCCAGCAGAUUACAGCCAUUUACAACGGGAGACUGAAGGUGGAGCGAAUAUGUUCAGAGAUACCGGAGCUCGCAGACCAUGGCGUCACGCUGCCGCCCAACAUGCAGGGGCUGACCGCGGAGCAGAUCGUGGAUCUGAAUCUGAGGGACGAGUGGGAGGAGAAGUGCGUUCCCAGCGGAGGAGCAGUGUUAAGGAACGAUGAGAUGGGGAGAAGGAACGGACAUGCUCCCAAUGAUAAAAUGAAAGAGGUGUUGAUGAAAACAAUGGACGAGGCGAAGGCUCUAAUCUCCAAAAAACAAGUUCAGGCCAACGUCUGUGUCACAAUGGAGAUGGUAAAGGAAGCUCUGGAUCAGCUGAGAGGGGCCGUGAUGAUUGUGUACCCGAUGGAGCUGCCUCCUCACGACCCCAUCAGGAUGGAGUUCGAGGAGCGGGAAGACCUUUCAGGAAUGCAGGCGUCUCAGCAGGUGAUCACAGAGGACGAGUGCCAGCUCUGGUGGGCGGCCAAGGAGAUGCAAAGGGGGAAGAAACUGCAGGACUACGUCGGCAAAAAUGACAAGACGAAGAUUGUGGUGAAAAUCCAAAAGAAAGGGCAGGGGGCGCCAGCGAGGGAGCCUCUAGUCACCGAAGAGCAGCAGAAGCAGAUGAUGAUGCACGCCUACAGAAGGCAAGAGGAGCUCAAGAAACUGGAGGAGACGGACGAGGACAGCAGCCUGGACUCCGACUGGUCGGACAGAGGGGCUCUGAAGAAACAGUUCCAGGGCCUCACCAACAUCAAAUGGGGGCCGAGAUAAAGACCGGCUGCUGGUCCUGGUUCAACUCAGCCUCAUAUGCAACGAGAGGCCUUUUCUCAGUCUGUUGUUAUUUGACGUCUUCCACACGAUAUUUUAUACGUCUGGAAAGUGCCUUGGGAUCAUAGUUAUUAUGAUUUGGCAUACAAAUUAAAUUGAAUAGAGAGGUUUUCAUAUUGAAUUCAUAUUAUAUUUCAUAUAAGUAAGGUUUGUGUUUCUUGAUGAACACCUGAUGGUUAUUUUUAACCAAACUGAAAUGUGAAGACAUCUGGAAACAAAAUGCAACAAAACUUUUAAUAUAAAUCUGAUUUAUUUUAACCUCAGUCUUCCUGCUGUGUUCCCUCUGAUUAU